AUGAGUAUACCAGUUAGUCAGCAACAUCAGUUAAUUAAAAAAUACUUCAAUUCGUUAGUCAAAGAGUUCAUUACUGAUCCACUUCACAAUAAGGAUAUUAGCAUAGUUUUUGUAGACCAUUUAAAAAGUUCGAAACCAGGUUCCACAACCAUGGAUGAAAAUGAUUUGCGAAGCACAGCAGUCCACGAAUUUGCUCACCUCUAUCUCUAUGCUACCAUUGGGCUAAGCCCUCGAGUUGAUAAAAGUCGCGACUAUGAUCAGUAUGAGGACAAUCACAGCGAGAAAGUCGAUAACCAAGAAAAUACUUGUCCCGAAUGUUCUUAUCCCCUUCCGAAUCAUUCUCCUCAAUGUUCGCCAAGUUUCAACCAGCCUCACCCCCACCCUCCUAAACCAGGUCAAAACCAAAAACCAGAUAUUAUCAAUGACCUCCAAACGGCAACUGAACUUGACCGUCUGAAAAAAUUGUUAAAUUCUAGCCAAAAUCUGUCUACUCUGGAAUCUAUCUACCAAAAUGAAAUAAAGUCUAACCCUCUUUAUCAAGGAAAGGAUAAUCAGAAAACAUUAGAUCAUGUAUAUGAGUUGCAAAGACACCUUUUGCAAUUUUCAAGCAAUAAUCGACUUUCCUCAACUAAUGGUCUUAAUUCUGCCAAUAAAAACAAAUUAGGCAAUACUGAAUUAUUAUUAAUUUAUCAAGAUACUUUUCUUUUAAAAACACUUACUGACAGUCAAAUGGCUUUUUUAGCUAAAACCUACCAGUUGGAAGGUCAAAAGUUAAGAGAGUUAGAAAAUAACGAAAAAGCAAUCGUUUUGUUCAAAGAUAAAGAAGACAUUGAAAAACAACUUGUUAAUUGGUUAAAAGAAGUAACUAAUUAG